AAUCACGCUCUGUUCGUGUUCACUCGAAGGUCGAGCUGAAGGCUUACGUGUUGUCCGCACGUUUCCUUCCGCCAACCGUAAGUGACUCGCAAUAGCAGGCGACGAACAAAGUUUGACAAACCGGUGUGAUAACACGACGAGGUCGCGUUCGCGAUAAAUCAGUAUCAGUUAUCGAGUGAAGUUUUGAUUGUGUCGCAAGAGCCCGCUCCAAAAAGGAUUAAUCAUGCAGGUGCACGAGCAGAUUAUCAUGACCGAUGGGCAGGAGCAGCCGAUCUCUAGGACAUAUCAGUAUCGAAAGGUGAUGAAACCGAUGCUCGAGCGCAAACGUCGAGCGCGCAUCAACCGUUGCUUGGAUGAACUAAAGGAUCUGAUGGUGACCGCGCUGGCUGGUGAUGGCGAGAACGUGGCGAAGCUGGAGAAGGCGGAUAUCCUGGAGCUGACGGUGCGUCAUCUGCACAAGCUCCAACGUCAGCAGCGUCUCUCAGCAAAUCCGGUGAUUGACGCCGACCGCUUUCGCGCCGGCUACACGCAUUGCGCGAACGAGGUCAGCCGCUGCCUGGCCGCUACCCCCGGCGUCGACGUCGCCCUCGGCACCAAACUGAUGACGCAUCUCGGCCACAAGCUCAACUCCAUGGACAAGACCGGCCCUUUGACCAUCCACGUGACCGCGCCACAAUCAUCGCCGUCGCCCUCCAGCGAACUCAGUUCCGACGAGUACUCGAUGCCGCUGACGCCAGCAUCCAGCCAACCAUCCCCGGUACGAACCGAUAUCGACACCGUCUCCCAGAGCCACCAGGGUCUCCUGCAGGUGGCCAAACCGAACGAGCCCAUCUGGCGACCGUGGUAAAUUUCUAUCCGGCCAAUCGGCCGAGUAUCGAAAUCGGCGAAAGGAUGUUUCCUCCGAAUCCGAAGGAUCACGGAGGACCGACGCCGAUCUUGCAAUUUCGUUUGUGAUUUGAACGGAAUGAACGCCGCGAGAGACUGGGAACAUCGCGAGGGAAGAGGAGGAGGAAGAAGUCUACCCACGUGCGACAGACGAAGACAGGCGCUUAGACUCGAGGAUUUCCAUUUGCUCAAAAGAUACUCAGCGGGCGUCAUGUUCUCCGUCAUUCUGACAUCGUCGCCGCAAACAUAUUCACAAUAACAUUCCGCAAGAGUCAGGAAGCAUUGGGAUCUUGAUACGUAGUCUUCUUUCGGGGCCGAGCGCGGCUGAAGCUUUAAUUUACUCGACAGUUAGAUAUUUUCUAUUGUUUAUUUCAUACUUUUAUCGAGGAUGUUUUUCUUUUUUUAUUUUCUCGCCGAUAUAACGUUGUUGUAUGGAGUCUCUCCACCGGUCAAGAAAUCGGAUAUAAGGGACAACGACGACGAAUGAUCUCUCGAGGCGAUGAUUUCGGUGAUUCCGAAAGGCACGCGUCCGGAUUCAAUCAAGCGCGGUGCGGAUUAUUAUAUGUAAAAAUGACCGAGCGGAGAAUCUUGUGAUAGAGAAACGUGUACCUGUGAUAUUUACUGUAGUAGGCGUAGAGAAUGAUACUAGAUUUUUAAUAAACAUGUUUCGUAUCAGCAUAAUGCGUAUCUGCAUGAUUUCGUACUGCCCACCCAAUGAUAUAAAUUGAGAUCAAUUUGAAACUCUGCAUAAAAAAGAAUAUGUUUCAUUUCUCUCAAAUAAUAUACUCUCGUGCGUAUAUAGUUUUUAUUAAUAUUCACGCAAUGUAUGUAAAAAGAUUAUACUAUUUAUGUUAAUCCAUAUCAUAUUAACAUAAAUUAUUUAAAUGUGCGAAAUAUGUCAGCUUCUUAAAGAUAUUUAAACGGAUAAAAUUUAUAAAUAUUUCAUACGAGAGUUGUUAACUUUCAAGUCAAGAACCUAUAGUUUCUAUCAAGAAUGAUCAAAAUUUUUACGAUUAAUGCAGUCGAGGAAAUAAAUUUUUGAAUAAGCGUAGAAGAAACGGUAUUUAUAUUCCAUAGUUUUUCGAGAAAAUUCAUACGCACGCGCUUCAAGUGUGUGUGUGUG